AUGGCUGUCUGGGCAGCCGUUGUGCUGCUUAAUUUUGCGUCCCUUUCUCUGAGCCCUGCUGGCUCAGAGGCAGCCGAGAAAAUUCCUGAUGCCUAUUGGUGCCUGAGGAAGAAGAAAAUUCGCAUUCAGUCGCGGAUAUUGGGAUUUACUGCUUGUCCUAACGGGUGGCUUUGUAGUGCUGAGCGGGGUGCUGACACAGCUGGGAAAAUACUGCAGGCAGUAAAGAUCCCCGCCCCCACUCAGCCUGCUUAUUUCUGUGCCUGUGCUGAGACCUCUAGCUAUCAUCCUCUGAGGCGAAUAACUGAGGGCUUUGACCUUCUAACUGUAGAACAACCUCGCAGGGAACCUGAUGAAAAGGAAAUACAUAUUCAGUAUGCGUUUGCUGUUGAUAUCGUUCCUUCUGCGAACAGUAGCCUUAACCUGGAAAAUGGGAUUAAUUUCAUAGGGAAAGUACUGAAACGACUGUUUGCUGAAACUUCAUCAUCUUCUGUUGUGCAUGCUUCGAGUGGAAAAGAGGCGGUGGUUCCUGGAAACCUGGGCUCAAAGUCCAAAGAGAAGGAUUUGGAGAACGUUCAGACUUUGUCAACAGAUGCCAGUACGUCCGGUGAUACGUGCUGCAAAUCAUUUCAAGGUAAUGACAAUACAAUUCUGCCUCCAAGGAGAACAUACACAGUGAAUCUCCCUCCUGAGGGUUACAUUGCAGUUGCUCCAAAUACUGAUAGUGUCUCAGUUUCUGAAAAGUCGGAGAGUGGUGCUGACUCAACAGAGGAGGAGUAUCAAGGACAAACCAAGAAAAAGCGCGUUCGAAGGAAGAAACAAAAGAACAGUUUGCAAAACUCUAAUAAUUUACGUUGUGAAGAAACAGAGUCUGGAAUUCAAGAGACUCUUUUGGAAGAUAAUUUACAGCUGCAGCAGAUAGACAGCCCCAAAAUAAGCAAAAACAAAAAGAGGAAAAUGAAAAAAAAGCGACAAAAGGAAAAAAUGAGAGCAGCUGGUUUGCUAACAAAAACUACUGGUGUGGAUUUUACAUAUCAGCCUGACCAAAGCAACAGUGAAGAAGGAGCAAACUUUAAAGACAUAGGUGAAAAGGCAGAUAGCAUUCUGGACUUCUUACAGGCAACGCAACAAAUUUAUUUUACUGACGAUAAAUCAGGAUGCACAGAUCCAACUGUAAAUUCAGCGACUGUCCAAGAGCUUUUACAGUAUCUUGAAUCUCGCAACGUGGCUUCCUCAGAUGUGACGCUUCUACAUCAUCUGAAAUCCCUUGUAUUGCUACAGGAUAUUGAGAGAUUGAAGAAUGCUUUGCUGCAAUUCCAAGAACAUUCCCUGUUGCCUCCUGAUCAUAUCAAGAUAGUCUCUUCUCUGUUUCACUACUGGAUUACAGAUAUCCUUCCUGUGAGGAACAGGAAAUGAACCCUUGCCCGUGUCCAUAUGUGCAGGGUUAAAAUGUAAUAUACAAACUCUUAGCCAAGUAGCAAUUGUUCAGGAAGAGCAGUGUCAAAAUACGUUCUACAUGUUCAGGGGAGUACGACCGUGUAGACUGGAUCACUGAAAUGACAUGUAUUUAAAAAAAAGGAAGAAUGGAAAGGAAGUGUUGAAUGGUAGCUUGAAGGCAGAAGGUUCUGAAGCUGUCUUUGACCAAAGAAAACAUAUUCACCUCAUAAUAUCUGGGCUGAAAUUCUGCGAAGACUUAGAUACAAUGGUUAUUCGUCUACGGAGAAUGACACCUGGGUAUAUAAGGUUAUUGCAGACUCAAGCUGCAGGAAAAAUAGUUAUCAACUCAACAGACAUACUGCUGCAACGUACAGCCUUGCUACUGGGAAUGUUUGGGAUCAGUAUAUCCAGCUACAGCACACACCAGCUAGCUCAAGAGAAGAGACUUUCCUUGACUCUUUAAGCUGCAUUGGGAUGUGACCCAAGAAAUAAACACUUAUGUCAGUAGUGCUGAUGAGUGGCUUUUCACUCUCAGUUAUCAGUCUGAAGGUCAUGAGACACUUUGCAAUUGUGAUUUCUACAUGCAAACUUGAAAAAAGUGAAGAAUCACAGAUUUCUUCGGAAAAGAAAAAAGAAUAAUGGAUAACAGAGGUAUUAAAUUUCCAAGUAAGAUGGAUUGUCUGUAAACAUGAUGGAUUCCUUUCAUUAUCCACUGUAUACAUAGAGAGAUAUUUAAAGGUAUGAAGUACAGUUAAAAUCAGAAUAGGUGUAAACAUGUUGAUGGGGGUACCAUGCUCAGUUAGGGUCACCUUGUUACAGCUUUUGUGAACAGACUGCUCUACAAAGACUUGUUUUGAAAAAGAAAGUUGGAAGCAGUAUAUUCUUCGUGACAAGUAUCAGAGCAAAUGAAGCAUCUCUCAUAGACUCUUAGCACUGUUAUAUCUAACUAGAUAUAUAAAUUUGUGUGUAUUACGUGAUUUGUGUGCUCUGUCCUUUACUGUUGAGUCUUAAACAUUUCAUGCCUCGUGUGUAGAAAUGUGCAUGUAUUGCAGCAUAUUCUGACAUCCUUAUGUAACAGCAGAAAUGACUUGAGACUACACCAUAAAUAUGUAAUUGGAAAGGAGCCUUGACACCGAACCAGAUAACUUUGGCAUUCUGUACAGAAACUCUCUACUCUAGAAAGAACCAGUAAAAAUAUUGGAUUUUUUCUGUUGCAGAGUUCAAUAUCUGUUCACAUUUCUUUGCAAAACUCACUCAUCCCAUAAUACACAUUCUAAUUAAAAUAAAAAUAGAGACUGACCUUUUUUCUCCUUU